CUCUUUCUCCUUCUUUAUUGCUUCUCGCCAAACCUGCGGCUUCCUCUCUUUCUCUACCCCUCCCCCUUGGUCGUGACAUAAUGGACCGGCGGAGUUUUACCGUUAUCAUUGCGGCGGUGGUGCUCAGACUGGCUAUGUUUAUGGCGUUUCCCUCACUGCCGGAUCUACUGACCAAUCGUGUGGAACUGUCUACGCCUGUAACGAGCUUUAAACGGUUGCAGGAGGGUUUGUUCUUGUAUACCCAUGGAUUGUCACCUUACGAUGGGGGGGUUUUUCACCAGGUUUUUACCUUUCCACCUCUUGGGGGGGCUUCUGCUGACAGCGCUGUUGUAGGCCCCAUUACUGCUAGCGUUCUUCACUACACUCCCGUCGAACCCGAUCGUCGUAUACCUCGUCUACAUACUCUCAGAUGUGCUCUCGGCAUACUCACUCAUACAAAUUGCCACCUCGGGGGUGAGCGUUUCGACACCCUAUCACACCUCAUCCAGGAAAUCUUCAGCUUGGCCGCCAUGGGCUGUCGCCGCAGCGUUCCUGUUCAACCCGUUCUCUAUCGCAACCUGUAUCGCUCGUCCGACAAUCGUGUUCACAAAUACUGUGAUUCUGACGGCUAUUGCAAAGGGGGUUCAAGGGCAGGGUGUUGCCGCUGUGUUAGCUCUCGCAAUGGCCUCGUACUUGUCACUUUACCCCGUGCUAUUGCUCCCGCCGAUGGUCCUGUUAGCGUACGACACCCUGCCAGCGGUUAAGAAGAAGGAGUGCUCUCUAGGGAGCUUUGCCGCCGUGUUGACUUCCGUGUUUACCUUUGCGGCGGCGGGACUCGGCGCGUUGUCAUGGGGGAUCACGGGCGGGAGUUGGGAGUUUCUGGCAUCGACGUAUGGGGUGCAUCUGCUGCUGCCGGAUCUGACGCCGAAUGUGGGGCUUUGGUGGUACUUUUUUAUCGAGAUGUUUGAUUCGUUCCGGGAGUUCUUUUUGUGUGUCUUCCAGUUGCAUUUGGCAGUUUAUCUGGCGGGGUUGUGCUUGCGGUUGAGGUCCGUUAUUCUUGUUUCCUGAAAGCUCCGUCGUCGGUAUCCUAAUUUGGGUAAUAGGAAACAACCGCUAUUUGUGAUUACAACCUUGUUGGGCAUAAGCUCCAUUUUCAAGUCGUAUCCUUCCAUUGGGGAUACUGCGUUAUACCUUUCUUUGCUGUCGCUGUAUAGACAUAUAUUCCCAUGUAUGUCUUUUCUCCCCUCCUCCCUCUUACAUUCCGAUGCUGAUACGGAGCAGUGAUGCGCUACACUUUUUUUGUCACCUCCACACUCCUCUACGCCACCCUUUUGGGCCCCGCGUUUUAUCAUUUAUGGAUAUACGCCGGCUCUGGCAACGCGAACUUCUUUUACGCAAUCACCUUGGUGUGGAGUCUUGCGGUCACGGUCCUUGUCUCGGAUGCUAUCUUUGCCGUGCUGCGGGAUGAGUGGGAGACUGAGAGGCCGGAGAUGAAGGGGAAGGAGAUUGUGCAGAUAUAAUGGGAGGCGGGGGUUGCUUUGGUAGGGCGUUUUUGGGUGGGAUUGGAUUGGAUGGGAUGGGAUGGGAUUUGUUGUAGCUAUAGAAGUACAUAAUAAGAUCAUAUGACACGGUG